GAUCACUGACGGAUGGCACAAGAAGACGUUUGGUAAACCUCCUUGUGGCCAACAUGGUUGAAAUUCAUGGGAUGAUCCCACCAGUCUCUGUGAGAACUAAAUAUGCUUUGGGCAUCAUCUCUCUAUUUCCCAGCCUCAAAGAUCCAUAUUCAGACAAUGGAUAUGAACACUUCUAUGACCAACAGAGUGGAUCUGGCUACUUGGCUUGGAGAAUAAAAACUGUUCAGCGCAACUCGGCAGCUCAGUCCCGGAGAUCCUCCACCAGCACAGCCUAUCAAGAUAGUCCAAAGAGAAAGAGAGAGGUUUCCUGCACCGAUAAGCAGCUGCUUGGUGAGGAGUGUCGUGAAGCGAUAUCCUUUUUGAAACAUUCAACUGAUGAAUCGGCAGUCAAAGAGAAGAUGAGGGCCACAUUUCAGUAUCGUCAAACACUGGUUCAAGAUCAACAGUGCUCUUCAACAGUCUUGGAUGUCUUCCCACGAUUCCUUAACAUCACUGGCUUGAUUGACCAGGACUUCACCAUGAUGUUUGGAGAGGAGGUGUCGGGCAGAUUUUUGGCAAAAUGGCCUACUUUUUUCAAACCUAGGAUCCUGACAGAGUGCAGAAAACUGACUUCUAAUGAGCACAUUGAAGAGCUCUUGUAUUCGCAGCACGACACAGGCUGGGACAGUGACCUGUCAAGCAUUCUACUGUUGCUUCACUUGCUUCCACCUACCUCCAAAGGCCACAAGAAGAGUGCCAAAAUCAGCUCAUGUCAAGCUGUGGACCAUGUUGUGAGAUAUCUGCAGAUGGGAGCCAGUGUCGAAACCUUCCUUGCUGGUGUGGAACCGGGACAGCCCUUCCUCCUGUGUGUUGGUGAAAACAAGAGCAGCAUCCAAAGAUACUACAUCAUCAUUGAUCACAAGGCCGUCCCUUGCAAGGCACAGACCUCCUUGGCAGCUUUCGAUGAGCUCUUCAAGGCACACUUCAUCUUCAGCGUCAACUACCAUGAAUCCCUCUAUAACUUCUAUACGUUCAUCCAAACCACAGUUUUUAACAUUGAUGUGGGACAUGCCAAGGAAAGUCCCAGAGUCAGGGAACUAAGAGCAAGAUUUUUGCACGACACUUGAGGUGAUAAAUAUCCUUGGAUGCAAAUAUGUUUCUUUGUUAUGUCUGUAAAGCACACCACAAAAGUUCUGCAUUGCUUUGUCAGCAUUUAAGACUCCACCAUGGUCUAUAUCCUGGAAAGACGUUACGUUUAAAAUGUGGACAGUUGGGA